GAGAGUGAGAGGGCUAUAUAAGGGUGGGGGUGUGAAGAGGACUGUAGAAAGAAACCAUUGCUUCCUUUCUUCUCAUCUUCUUCCCCAUUAAUUAAUCAAUUAGAGAUGGGGAAUUGUCAAGCUGUAGAUGCAGCUGCACUUGUUAUACAACAUCCAUCAGGGAAGAUAGAAAGGAUGUAUUGGUCUGUAACUGCUACUCAAAUCAUGAAGAUGAAUCCAGGCCAUUAUGUUUCCCUCAUUAUCCCAUUGCCAGCAGACGAUAACUCCGACAACAAAACCGUUCGCUUUACCCGAGUCAAGCUUCUCCGCCCUACCGACACCCUUGUUCUUGGCCGAGCUUAUCGACUCGUUACCUCACAUGAAGUUAUGAAGGUACUGAGAGCAAAAAGACAAGCAAAGAUGAAGAAGGAUCGGCCGGAAUCAAUGGAGGAAAACCAAGAAACAAGUUCGGAAUCGGAGAACUCAAGCCAGGUGAUGGCACAUGAAAGAACAAUCAAGCAAAGGUCUGGAUCGUUUUCGAGAUCAAAAUCAUGGCGGCCAUCAUUGCAGAGUAUCUCCGAGGCUGCUAGCUGAUAGUUGAGGGCUUCAAGAAGCUCGAUUUCGUUCAGAAACCAUUCUAUGGCUCCCUGUUCCGAUCAAAUAAUACAUCUGUAUAGCUUUAAAAAAAGGACGAGCAACGACACUAACCCGCAAUAUGCGGCAAAUAUGUAUUAAUUUUGAAGAAAUAUAUAUUAGUGUGGAGUUCAAAGUUGCC